UCUAGAUUAUCGCCGCUACAUUCAAUCCAAGGAAAAAUAAUUAAGAUCAAACAAUAUCACCACAGUUCUCCUACGGUUACCAACGGACCGGGUCAAACUAGAACAAUUCAAUCCAAUCAUUUAAUCUCCGACGGGAGCAACCGGCUACAUAGUUGAGGAGCAUGGCAUUUCCCCCAAUCCGGGCAUGUCUAUUCGACAUGGAUGGUCUCCUUAUCAACACCGAGGACUUAUACACCCUAUGCGCGGACAUAGUCCUGACUAAAUACGGACGGCCCCGUCUUCCAUGGUCUGUCAAGUCCCAACUUAUGGGUAUUCCCGGCUCGUCCAACGGUGACACAUUCCACAAUUGGGCAAAAUUACCAAUCUCAAGAGAACAGUUUAAAAAUGAACAAAGUGAACAGCAACGAACUCAUUUUCCAGAAUGCGAACCUCUUCCUGGCGUAGAGAAGCUACUUAAGGAUCUCAAGAGGGCCAAGAAUACAAAUGGAUUGCCGAUUGAAAUCGCUCUUGCUUCGAGUAGUGAGAAGGCGAACUAUGACCUUAAAACCUCAAGACCGGUCAUGAAAGCCGUUUUAGAUCUUAUUCCAGAGGAGCACCGGGUUCUUGGAGAUGAUCCUAGAGUUCAACAUGGUCGGGGCAAACCUGCACCUGAUAUCUACCUACUCGCUCUCCAAUCAAUUAACUCAUCACUACCAGAAGGCGCUGCCGAGAUCCAGCCGAAUGAAUGUCUAGUCUUCGAAGACAGUGUCCUAGGUGUUGAAGCUGGAAGGCGCGCAGGCAUGAGAGCUGUAUGGGUGCCCCAUCCGGGCCUAGCGGCUGAGUACAGGGGCAAAGAGAAGGAAGUGCUUGCCGGUAGGACAGCACUGUAUCCGAUUGGCAACGACGAGCAACUUGGCACUGUCGAUGACGGCUGGGCUGAGCAGCUUGAUAGCUUAGAGAAUUUCCCCUAUGAGAAGUUUGGUAUCGUCCUUCCCUAGUCACACAUCAUACGAUUAAGACAGCAUCCGCAUGAGUGGCUUUUAUCCCGCCGGUGACCGGUGGAAGACUGCCAAUCGCCCGAUAUCCCUAGGUAUUAUACGGGAGCCUAGUGUGCCAAUGCACCGAUUCAUGCUUCUUUUCAAACAGUAUCUAUUAGAAUGCUUCGCCUCUGUCUUUAUCGGGUUACAUUCGAAUAGUACUGUUUCUGGGUAACGUAUGUGACUACCUAGGUCAUAAGGGUUCUAUCAGCUUCGACGUAUUUCGCAAUAUAUUCUCCAUUAACCUCCUACAGUGUCAGAUAGUAUGGUAACCAAGCGCCUAUAUACAUGAACACGCUAACGUCAUGAGUUCCACAUCGUAACUCGCUAUAUAUUAACCCGCCAAGCGA